UAUACUACGUCUUCAGAGGAUUUACAUUCCCAUAAAUCAAGAAGCUUUCCCGGAGCUGCGUGUCAAUGGCGGGCCGCGGGCGACGACGGCGCAGCAACAAGCUCAAGACAGCGUCGACGAAGAGGAAGAGCGACAUACUGCCGCCUGGGCCAACGAGCGUCCACCACAUUCCCGAUCACCUCCUCGAGCUGCUCCUCCUCCGCUUGGAUUCUUCCCUCACCAUCCUCCGCGCCGCCUUCACCUGCAAGCGCUGGCGCCGCAUCGUCGCGGACACCGCUUUCCUGACCCGGUUCCGCUCCCUCCACGCGGCUCACGUCCCCGGCCACUACCACGUCGUCGACCCCUACCGCGAGAAGCUCACGCCCGAUGAAAACAACCACGUCUUCGUGCCAAACCCCUCCACGGCCGGUGCCAUCGACAGACGCCACUUCUCCCUCGAUUUUCUCCCGGAACUCGUCGACUCCUCGUCCUGGGAGCUCGCCGACAGCCGCGGGGGGCUCCUCCUCCUCUACCGUUCGAGAAGAAACCGAUCCUGGCGGUUCCGCUUCCCCGACCUCGUCGUCUGCGAGCCGCUCUCUCGGCGGUACCAGGGGAUCGCCUACCCGCCGGAGAUGCGCCUCCACCUCUGCUUCGGCGCGUUCCUGCUCGACGGCGCUUCCGUCGAUGACACGGGUGGCUGCAUCGGCAUGUCCAACUUUCGCGUGAUCGUCGCGGUCUACGAGUACGUCAAUUAUGUCCGUGGCGCUCCCCGCGCGUGCGUCUUCUCUUCCGGCGUCGACGGCGGCUGGAGCCUGGGGCAGAGCGCGGCCAGCGUCCCCCUCCCGGCGUUUGGCGUGCUCAACUUCGUUGGGCGCACUCGCUGGUCCUUCUACUGGGCGAUGGAGCGCGACGGCGUCGUGCUCGCUCUGGACGAUACCACCGCGGAGUUCUCGCUCGUCGCGUUCCCGGACGACGUCGUGGGGAUGACGCACGAGUGGUCAACCUUCUGGGUCGUCGGCGGCGAAGACGGCGCGGUGCGGGUCGUCCGCGUGAUCGACAGAGACCUCGUGGUCUUUGCGCGUCUCCAGGGCAGCGACGAGUGGGUGAAGGAGAAGCUUGUGAGGCUGCUCGAGGCGGCCUCGGGGCUGCCGGGACGCGACGAGACUGACUUCCAGCAGCCAGCCGUGAUUGUUGCGGCGAACGACACGUCCGUCCUCCUGACACCGAGAGGGGAGACCUGGCUUUUCUCCGUCGAGCUCGACACGCAGGAGGCGGAGCGCACGCACGAGAGGAACAAGAACGCGGGACCGGCGUACCCGUACGAGCUUCCAUGGCCACCGGCCUUGCACGCUUGCCCUGCUGCCGAUCACCGGCGCCCAAGGAGAUGCCGCUGAUGUAGUGGUAUUAAAAUUUGUCCAUGCAAUGCAUG